GGCCCAAAACUGGCGUCCCAGGGUCGUCGCGAAGCGGGCUCCCGGUCCGGUUCACGUUCCGGUUCACGUUCCGGUUCACGUUCCGUAUCGCAUAGCUCCGGUUCGCGGCAUCCCGGAAGCUUGACGAAAACUCGCCGUAGAACUAAUCCACCAUACGCAUCAUCGACAAUAAAUACUACAACAACAACAACAACGGCUACGAAAACGGGUCGUAGCAAUGGAGGAGGGGGAUCCCUCUCGAGCAGAGGAAGUGCAAAUGGAACACAGUGUGGCCUUUGCGCGGUGGUUACUGCACUUUUUCGAAGGGCAAUGUGCAUUGCUGGUAGCAGACGGGGUUCCGGUGAAUCAUAUUAUCAAGAACUUGCACCGGAUAUUCAUCAAGAUAUUUGUGCAUCCUCUUCGACUAAGACAACCACGAUCACGACCACAACCACAGCUGCUGCUGCUGCUGUUGUUGUUGCUGCUGCUGCUGCUACGAUUGUUUCAACACCUAACACCACCAUUCCAAAUGUCACUGAUAUAACUUCAACAACAACAACUGCUACUACUACUACUAUUACUACUACUGCUAUUAGUACUACUACUACCACCACUACUGUUACCACUACUACUACUACUACUACUACUACUACAUCUACGACGCAUCGUCAUUCUAGACGAAGCUCACCGACGGAGACCACUAGCUUCAAGGUCGACGAGCUCGGUGCCUAUGUUAAGGAGGCCGUGCAAGCGCAAGAGAGGCGGUCAGCCGAAAUAACGGUGAAUAGCGAGGAACAGAAUGGAGUAUAUGUGCGAAUCAGCGCGAAUGUUUUUAUUCAAUCGAGAACAGAAGAUGCCGCAAUACCAUCAAACGAAUCAACGGAUGACGUCAAGUUGCAACCAGAGGAACCGGAAGCAGCAUCCACGAGACGUUUAUCGGACGUCGACCGAAUUUUAUUGGAGAGUUUGGACAUUACACGAUCCAGGAUAAAACGUACCGGCAGAUUUUUAACUAUGCAUAAAAGAAGACGUAAAAGGUUACUCACAAGAUCUCUCAAUCAAGAACCAGCUAUAUUGGAUGACAUUUUUCAUGGUCUAGUUCAGUGUAUUUUGCAAAAAGCCGGAAACUGGCGAUUUAACGCUUUCACGUUGGAAACAGUGACGGGUGGACGUUCUCUGCCAGUAUUAUGCGUUCAUCUCUUUCAUUGGUACGGGCUUCUCGAAUAUUUUCAUUUAGACGUCGUCACGGUAUGGAAACUCUUCGCUUUUAUCGAAGAGGGUUAUCACAGUACAAAUCCUUACCACAACAGUAUACACGCUACGGAUGUGACUCAGGCCAUGCAUUGUUUCCUCCAAGAAGAAAAAAUCAGAACGCACUUAACCCAUUUAGAAGUUAUGGCUUCCUUGAUAGCUGCGGUAACGCAUGAUUUGGAUCACCCGGGUGUAAAUCAACCGUUCCUUGUAGCAACGAGCAAUCAUCUGGCUGCAUUAUAUCAGAAUACGUCGGUUCUGGAGAAUCAUCACUGGAGGUCAGCCAUCGGAUGUCUUAUAGAAAGCGGUGUAUCCGAUCAACUACCAGUUGACAUAAGAUCGGAACUUCAAAAUCAUAUCAGUUCGUUGAUUUUGGCUACGGAUAUCACUAGACAACAGGAAUUCCUUACACGUUUUAGGCAUUACCUGGAUGAAAACACAUUGGAUAUGAGGAAAUCGGAUAAUCGUCAUUUUAUAUUGCAGAUAGCAUUAAAAUGUGCGGAUAUAUCGAAUCCCUGUAGGCCCUGGGAUAUAUCAAGGAAAUGGUCCUAUAAAGUUUGCGAAGAAUUCUUUCGGCAAGGUGAUUACGAGCGCCGUUUAAAUUUACCGGUAACACCCUUGUGCGAUCGGCACUCGACAAGUAUUCCAAAGAUUCAAGUUGGAUUUUUCAAGUUCGUCGUAACCCCAUUGUACGAGGAAUGGCAUCGUUUUCUUGGCGAUGGUCUCAGCGUUUCUUUGAUGGAAUAUCUACGUAGUAAUCAAAAGAAAUGGGAAAUCCUUAUCGUUCAAGAAACUGCCGAAGAUACAGAGAUUGAAAUUUCAGAGUUAGAGGAGAUUGAUGUUAUUAGUUCUGGGGAGGAACUAACUGUUGAAGAUGAUUCAGGAAGCAUAGAUUUAUUGAUUCCAACGACAUACAUACAAGGUGCUCGAAGGCCCAGUUUACCAGGAAAAGCUAUAUUUGGUCGAGUUGAUAGACGUCAUUCUGUACCUCUCAGCGUAUCAAAGCCGUUAUCCUUAUCGAUUCAAAAUUCAGAUAGGAGGGUUAGUUUCCCGAACGAACGCGGUAAUAAAUCAAAGAAUCAUUCAAUCAAAUUGAAGGAUAUACAUCUUUUGGACCCGAGUACGUUGUCAUUGUUAUCGUCUAAAAAUAGUAUUACCGGUGAAACGUCAGAAAAAUCAACUGUUACGGAGAGACCGGUCAGCGCAGAAAAUCUUUUACCCGAACCCAGUAUAGCUAGUAUAACAAACAGUAGCGAAGCAUCGAGAUUAAGUACGGUCCUUCAGUCAGACAAUCAGAAAGUUGGUAUUGGCAGUGGUGGUGGUGGUGGUGGUGGCGGUGGUGGUAUGCAAACUAAACAAUUGACAAGGCAACAAACUUUCCCACCGUUACAACCAUACGCAAGAAUGAGAUAUAUGUCGGCCACGGCUGAAUUGUCACAAUGUUACACUCAGGUUCUAAUGGAGACCGAUAGUAUUUCCAGUUCUUCUUUGAGUCCAACCAAAGAUAAAUCUUGUUCUGGUGGUCGUUGCGGUACACCACCCGUACUCGACGCGGAUUUUAUUUCCCUGAAAAAAACGAACGGCGUUAAGUCAUCGAAGGAAUCUCUUUCCUCGGAUAUAUUGAACAGAAAGAGACCGUCCGUAUUUACGGAAUUAAAUAGGCAAAAACUCGAGUCUGGUCUUAGCGUUGAACAUCCGCGACGACAUUCGAUGCAAGUCGCUCGUAACGACGAUUUAAACGCGACUAAACAAACGCGAAACAAACGACCAUCCUCGGCUCAGGAAAUUGACUCCACGGAAGUGUUUUAUGCUUCAUUAACUGGCUCGCACAGCAAUAAGGAUUCGACUAGUGAUAUGCAAAAGAUAGAAUCCAACUUGGAGAUUAAGCCUAGUACGACGAAAUUACCUUCCGAAGAAAUACGUAAUAUUUUGGCUAAUAAAAUAUCCGAACAACAUACCUUAGUUCAUCAUCAUAAUAUUCAAAUUAAGAACACGGAUUCGGAAUUACGUAGAUAUUCAACACCCGUAACUGAACCUAAACCAUUGACUGAUAAUACCGGUAGACGAUUCACUACGAUACCUGUGUCUUCUGAGCUUCCCACUCACAAAUUUUUCAUCGGCAGCCCACCCGACUCCCCUCCACGGGUUCAAAGUGUAUCCUCUUCGAGCGAUAGUGGUAGUGAACCAAAAAAAAAUAUCGGUGAUUCCGCUAUCGGUGAAAGUGUAGUAACCCCAAGUAACAAAAAGGAUUUUGAUUAUGUGAGAGAAAAAGUUUUAAAAAUUGCCAAGCUAAAUUUCGAUAUGCAAAUGAAAGAGAAUGUCGAUCCACGAGGCGUCGAAGAAUCUAGCAAAAAUAUCGCUUUAUCGCGGAAAAAUAGUCAGGGCUUGGAAAAGAGACGUGGUUCAGCACCAGUAGCGUUAUUAUCGAGAUUAGAUGAUUUAACAAUGACUUCUGUGCAGCCAAAAGUAGAUCAUAGUUGCAGACGUGGUUCUGUACCAAUCGACAUUACUAGGCAUCAAGAUAGUUCAACAAAAGCAGGAUUAAUUCGUUUAGCAUUGGGACCACGAGAAGAAAAUCUUCCCGCACCCAGAAGAGCUAGUCUUCCGCAGGAAGCUGCACUGAAGAAUAUUCUUGGCAAUGUGUUUUCCUUAUCCAAUGAAAGAGAAAAUUGUCCAUUGAUAAAUAAUAACAAUAACAAUAACAAUAAUACAGAAAGUAGUAACAAUAAUGGAACAAACAAAGUAUUUGAUAUUGCUGCACCUGGUCCUGGUAUGCCAUCACCUAGGAGAGGUUCAAUACCUGCGGACAUGUCUGAGUUACGACGGGAAUUAUUCAGCAAAAGUGGUAACGUCAAUGGAAAACCUCGUAACCGGAAGAAAUUAAAGAGAAGAAGUAGCGGCGGACCAGAGAUGUUCGCAGGAAGUAUCGUUGAAGGAAAUGACAUCGGAACGUCCCAUAAAUGGAAAAGAGAACUUGGAAAGAGAGAUUCUGUUCCUGAACCACUCGUUAAACGGCGAGGUUCACUGCCCCUAGAUAUGGUGGCCGCUUCUCAUGCUGGAUCAGCAUCAGGAGUCCGAAGAUCCAGCCUGUGGAGGUUUUAGGUAGAAAGAGAAGAAUCCACCGAUGGUACCAACAACGUCAUCAACAUCGGUCGACCAACACGAUGCAACUCUUUCUUUGGAGUACCAGCACUCCACUGGUGACAUUUGGUUCUUGAAUUGAAUGAUCGGAUAUGAAGCAAGUAUAUUCUUCUAACCCAUGACGCGUGUUAAACAUGAACAAGUGCAAGUUCUAUAAACACUCAGCCAAAAUAUUGACAUUAGUUGUUACACAGCAGCAGUAGCAGCAGCAGCAACAGCAGUAAAAAACAAUAACAAGGUUUUAAUGGAAUUCUAUUUUCGUUGUGUGAUGAUAAUGAUGAUGAUGAUAAUUCAAGUUAUUAUGAUGAUCGUAUUGAAAUUAUAGUAGUAAUCUUACGUUUCUUCCUACUACAAAACAAUAUAAAUCAAUCAAAAGCAUGCGUUGUAAAACGUAUUUAUCGGUUUCAAAUAUUGUAUAUUUGCAUUGUUGAGAUUUAACAUUGUGAAAAUAUGAAAUAAUGAUCGAAUUAGGGAGGGAGAAAGAGAAAAAGAGAGAAAUACGAUCAUGAGGAUGACUAGGGAAAAAAGCAGAGAGAGAAUUAAACGAGUGAUAAUAUUAUUGAAGUCUUCCUUGCGCCUAUAUGGAAGAAAAGCAAAAACAAAAUAAAAUAAAAUAAAAUGUUCUCACUAAGGGAAACAAUGUGAAACUUAAUAAUGUGCGUGUCACAUUAAUUGGUGCCAUACGCCAAAUUUUGCUAAGAUACCGCUAAAUAAUACAGUUGUGUGAUCUGGCAAAAGAAGAAGAAAAAAAAAAUAAACUCUUACAUUAGUACGCAAUUGCGUGCCCGCAGCUCAAGUCAAAUAUGAUACAAUGAAUAUGCUCGUGUGUUUAUUAAGAAUUUAAAAAGAAUAAAACAAAUUAUAUAUACAGUCAUACACAGGGUUCAAUAUGACGAUUUUAAUAAUAAUAAUAAUGAAAUAAUAAUAAUUAAAAAAAAAAAAAAUUAAAAAAAUAUAAAAAAUAAAAAAAGCCUAGAUACGGAGAAGAAGAAAAGACUGGUAGAGAAACUCUCUCGACGCUAUAGAAAUAGACGAUUUAAUGAAAGAAUGUAGAUUGAGAAAAGCGAAGCGUGAUAUCUUCGUUUAUUAUUAUUAUUAUUAUUAUUAUUAUUAUUAUUAUUAUUAUUAUUAUUAUUAUUAUUAUAUAAUAGAGUUAUAGUUAAAUUUUUUAUUAUAAAAUAAAUAAUUCUGCUAAAAAGCCGGAGUAAUAUUAUUUGCGGUUGAUUGUUUUGAACGAGCCUUAAAUUGAUUGCAAUUGACUUUUGUGGAUUCGAAUUUGCUAUUUGAAGUUAUACAUUUUUGUUCACUUAUUAAUAAAUGUAUGUGUGUGUAUAUUAAAAAUAUAAUCACACAAGAGAGGCAAGUUCAUCCGAUUUCUUAUAUAAUUGAAUAGUAGCAUCUAACGUAAACGUAAAACAAAAUAAAACAAAAAAAGCUAUUCAAGCUCGUUUUCAUAUGGAUAUAUACUUAAUCGUAGAGGGAAGAGGGGAAAGAAAAAUUAUUUCCUUUUACCAUCCAAAUACCAGGAGUAAAAAAAGUUGGUAGACAUUCCGCUGGAAAAAGUAGUAGUAUACAUUGUAUAAAGUAAUGUUUAAGAGUGUAUUAUAGUAAUUACUAGUUAUAAAACUAAUACUAUAUUGUCAUCAUUGAUUUUCAUCAUUCUCAUUGUCAUAGUCUUAUCAUUAUAUUGUAAUUACAAACAGUAUCUCGAAGAUGUGUUAGCAUAGAUAGACAUUGGAAGUAUAAAUUAUAGUACGACGAGUAUGAUUCAUCUUGAAAUUAAUUAGUGAAUGAAUUGUUUUAAUGAUUUCUUAGCAAUAAAAAGAAAAAUAAGAAAAAUGUUAUCAAUAUUAAAUUCGCAGUACGUGAAUUAAGUAUUACAUAUAUUUAGGACAAGUGGAAAAUGUUUGUAAAAUUAAAACCUUUGAGAAGCAUUAAAUUUUUUAGUACAAAUUAUAUUUAAUCAUAGCAUGACGAAAUUUACAGUUAAAUUAUCCUUAUAUAUAUAUCUACAUGUCCGUGUAAGGUUAUUUUAGAAAAAUUUCAGUUUAUUAACGAUGAUUAAAUCUAACUAUUAUAUACAAUCAUGAAUAAGCAAAAACGACGCUAAGAAGAAUUAGAAAUUCUCUUUGCAUGUACUGCUAUAGCCUGCCAUUCUUCGACUUGUCUGAAAGUAAAGUAACUAUACUACUACAUCACUGAACAUUAAGUGAAGAAUAACAUUUUAUGAAUUAACAACUAAUCAAACUAAUAAUUGCUAUAAUCAUUGACGUACCUAUAAGUAGAAUAUCCAUUUCCCCUCAAAAUAAAAUAAAACCUUCUUACCAAUGCUUAGCCGAUCUUAUCUAAUAAAACGUUCGUUCUUUUUUUGAUGCAAAGUCUGUUAGUGCUUUGGAUGUACCUUUACCUUAGAAUGCUAAAAGUUCACAUUAGUAAAAAUAAUUACUACAUUUUAUUCGAAUACAUGUAUUUUCAUUUGUCCUUUUGUAUACCAAGACUGGUAAACGCACAUUUAAUUUUUUAACAAAUUGCAUGGUCAGACAUUGCAUCAAUAAACGAUUGCAUUAAUACACACAUUAACAUUUAAAUAUAUUAUAAUACUACUAGUCUUUCUCAAAUAUUGAAUUAACGUUGUAUGUAUAUGAUAUAUACACGAUGAUAGUAAGAGAAAGCAUAGACGAAGAUUUCACUGAAAAAAGGAAGAAAAAAAAAAUUCAUUUUCUAACUCAUAAGAAAUUUGUCUUAACCGAUAGACCAAUGAAAUGGGACUAACCAAAUAUUCAUUGUGGGAAAUGAUAAUUAAUUAAAGUUGCCUGAAGUAAAUAUGAAACCUAUAAAUGACCAUUCUGUCCAAUUACUACUUUUUGAAAAUUUUAUGUCAUAUAGAUAUACAAAUUACCCUCUACAGUGUAUUAUUAUUUUUCCAUUUCAGCAUUGCAUGAAAAGAAUUUCGUAAGGAUAAAAAUGCCAAGAAAUUUUUUUUAUUACCUAAAAUAAAAGGAUUCCUACACAUCCAAUUUUCUAUGAUCAAAUAAUGAUAAAUUGUAAUCACGCAUAUAUAACAGUGUAUGCAUACGAUACGUUUUAUUUGUAAUUACAAAAUUUGGUAUAACUGUUUACAUUUAUAUAAAUAAUUUAUGUCAAAAAUAUAUCGUAUCCAUCAUCCCCCAGUUCUUAUAAAAUUUAUCUAAAGAUGUGAAUAUUAUCAUUACUAUAAUGAAUUUUGUAUACGACAGUGCACAUAAAUUUCACUAUUCAAAAAGUAGCAUUAUCUAUGUCUCAUUGUACAAGUGUUCCGACUAAUUGCUAUGAA